CCCUCGGAUUGUCCCUCUGGUUGUCCCCCUUGGUCGAUCAAUCGCCUUCCCUCCCUCCGGCAUCUGUCGACCAUCUCUCCGGCAUCCGUCCUUGUCUGCUUCCCUUUCGGACCCUUCGUCGGCCUGCCUGCCAUCCGGAGCUUCCGUCUGCGUUCCGCCUUUCUCCUUUCCUCUUCCUCGCUCUUGGUCUUUCCUCUGCUGCCUCCCGCCCUUCCCUCCAAGCGGAUCUUCCUCCUCUCCGCCCAGAAAAGGCCCACGGCUUCCUCCUUCCAAGCCCAUUGCCCCUUGCCUCUCCGUCCGACCCUGCCCGCGACAAUCCGCCCACCGCACUCACUCCCAUCGCGCUCGCAGCCAUGUCCCUCAACAAGAAAUACGUCACGACAUUUGCACCGCUGGUUAUCGGCCUGGCUCUCGUCUACACAAUGGUCGUUAUGUUCAUGUGGCGGCCAAGUUCCACAACGGGCUUGGCAUCGACCCAAAUCGACUGCCCAACGCAGCUUGCCAGCAUCAACAACAGCAGUAGCAACAGCGCCACCUUCAACCAACGCCCGAAGAUUGCCAUCCUGCUCUCAUACUCGGGCGACGUCCGCGACAUGUCCAUCGAGCGUCACUCCCGGGUCUAUAUCGAGUCGGUCAUCAGCAAGCAGGAAUAUGCCCGGAGGCACGGCUAUGCCUUCUUCCUCGACAGCGUCAUCGACCAAAGCCGCCCGCACUGGGGCCGCCUUGUGACCGCCUACUCAAUCCUGAACAGCAUGCCCUGGAUCGAGUGGAUCAUGUACAUGGACAUCGAUACCAUCAUCAUGGAUCCUUCCCAGAAUCUGGAGGAUCUGAUUCUGAAGCCAUACCUCCGACCAACCUCUGGCGAAGCUAGAUCGCAGGCCGCAAGCUCGAACGGAACCAGGAUCACCGAUAUGCCUCCCAAGGACUACCAAGAGAUUGACUUUAUCGGCAAAACCGACUGCAGUGGCCGGCCGCUCAACAACGGCGUGUACUUUAUCCGCAACACCAACUGGACCGUGUCGAUGCUCAAGAAGACCUUCAAUGACCGAACUGACUACGUGACCAAGGUGCGACGGCCCGGCGUGCAAGAUGCCAUGACCAACACCCUGCUGUCGUACACGAGAGCAGAAGCCCGGCACUUCCUCAUGGGUCCCAAGCAAGCCACCUACAACAAGUUCACCAAGGUAUGCACUGGCGACCCACAAGGCAAGGACCACUGGUACGAAGAUGGAGACUUUGUGAUCCAUUUUGCCGGCGUCGUCAACCGCGAAGACAUGUGGGCCUACUACAUUCGCAAGAUGUACAGUACCAACCCAAGCUCCCUGCACUACAUGCUCAACGAGCUCGACACCAAGUGGUCUGGCACCGCCAAAUGGGUCUCGGACAUGAAGGAGCUUGCCAAGAAAAUCCCUGCUCAAUAGAGGCAAGCUGUGAGGCCCAGAUCCCAAACAUAUGGCGCCUUCCCAAGGCUGCGGCUGCCGUUUGCAUGUGGCCUCGCAUGGCGAUCACUCGACGGGUAAACCGAUCCUACCAGGACGAGCAUAUGCCAGGGUCGUUGGGACGAAGAAACCAGCACAGUCCCCCUCCGCUUCCUCCGAUGCCCUUGCCCAUGGUGUCUGUCGCCGCAGCCACCAGCCAACAAACUCUCCACACCCACGUUUGAAAUACCUGGCCUGGCCUGGCCUGGCCGAUGCGGUGUCUGACCGAGCCCCCCUGCUUCUCCUCCUUGGUCAUGAAUACGAUUCUUGUUUUGUUUUGUUUCGCUUUGCUUUUUGUCGGUCCUCCAUCGGCAGCGAACCUGGCAGACCCCGUCACACGUUCACACCCACCAGCCCUGGCCCCACAGAGCGUCUUCUUGUAUGAUUCCGUUGCGCAAUACAGACGCACAUGAUUCUGA